AUGCCUAAAGACGUGGACUCUCCUGCUGCGCUGGAGAUAAAGAUCAACAAAUGGGAUAUAAACGCAGCCAAGCAUGCCUUAGAUGAUGCCGCAAAAGAGGUUUUUAAGUUUCUUUUAAAUCGAGUUCCAUAGAUCAUGAAAAGUCACUACGAAGUGAAGGAGUGUUUUCGUUUGUUCGACGGCCGCCUUCUUCUUUGUACAUUGGCGGUUCUUGUGGCUUUGUUAGCAGUAGUCUAUGACUACGUAUUCCCAUAUCCCGAUUCGAGAUACAUUUUGAUGGGAUGUGCUGUAACGUAUCCUCUUUCGUCGUUUAGAAACUGUAAAUUUGCUUAUCGCCGUCAUACUUGGGCCCAGGUCGUAUCCCCACGACAGGCAGGUCGUCUUCCCCCUAUUAUUUAACUCUUUGAUAUUGAAAAGUUCCGGGGAUGCCAUUGUAAGUAGACAUUUCUCAUUAGUCGGGGACGGUCGACUGGUGUCGCCCAAACGAGUGGUAAGGGGCGACAGUUCGAUGUCUUCCUCAACAUAUUAUGAAAUUUGCGGCGAUAAAACUAACCCCCCUCUUAAGACACUCAAGUUACAAUGUACCCCGUAAUUUUUUUAUGGACUGACCUUCUCAUUCCGAGAGUUCUCCCAGAAAUAUUUCGUUGACUCGCAAACUACAUUCUUACCUUUUUGUCUGUGCCCCGAGAGUAUUGUCCUUAACCGUUGUUUGCAGCUACUUUCUCAUCACUUCGGUUCUAUCGUGGUACAUGUACUUCAUAGAGGGCAAUAUUUUCUUUAAUGGAAUCCAGGCGGACAAGACAGGUCUCGAUCCAGCUGAUAAAUGGACGUUAUCCUCCUCCAUAAAGAAGUGAGUUGCAUCGUUUAUGUGCUCUGCGGCAUUUUUCGUUAUCCAUUAUUGCCGUAUACGUGCAAUGUGGCCGCCUCAUUCUUCUAUGAUCCUCGCGACACUGCGGACGGCACUGACCGCUUCACAAUAAUUAGUCGUUUUCAACGUGAUCCGACGAUUUACGUUAUUUUGUUUGCUUGUCGAGUCUAGUGCGGUGCAUGACAGGAUAUUCGACAUUAUCUUCUCAAUUAAUACCCGUAACGCCAUUCAUAAUGACUAAUAAGGUCGUCCUCAUGUUUCUGGUCUUUGGCGUCCUGAGUGGUCCCCUCCCCAAGUGCCGACCAGUGGCAGACUAUCAGUCGAAGUUUAUUUCCUUGACACGUCUGACCGAUGGUAUGCGGAGUUCACGGCUUUCGGCCGUUCGCCUGCGUCAUCUGAUGACUUACUUUGUCCAUGGCCUACCUACUGCGCAGAAAGUCUGAUCUAAUAUCACAGAAGUUUCCUGCAAGUCCUAUAGCCCACUGCCGAUUAUAACCCCAAAGCCCGAAGCGUCAUCGUGUUGUAGGCACUUGCUUCCAUCCGUAUUUAUGAUGCUUCUUCAUUUACCUGAGAAACUGCGUAGUGCAUUUGGUCAAAGUAGUUUAUUAACAUAACGUUCUCGGCGUAGCCGAGAACCGUGAAAGGUUCGUCCGUGAAGAGUGAUUACUGUCCUUAAGAGGGUGCGCUGGUGACGCACGUAAAUGCGUAUGGGAAAGCGGACUUCCGCGUCAUCUACUUUACUUUUCACACUUCUAUGAUGUAACAAUGGCAGAUAGUCAGGACGACUGGAGGUGAGUGUGGACGCAGUGAAUAGUGAGACUAAAGCCAAGUUCAGGCCGUCCGCAAACAUCCUUAUCCUUAACUCGACACAAACUAGUCUUUGAUGAGAUGGUUUCUGGUCUUUUGUCGGUGAGAGUGACCACAAUCAAGGAGGAACCACUGCAAUAUGACCCUCGUCCCGAAAGAAAUCUGAGCUACCCUUUCAGAUGGCCACAUCCAAGCCUCGAAUAUAGGUUUGCCACGAUAGUUGAAGGCGAAUUUGGUUGUUUAUAGUAAGGAAACCAAAUGCUGAACUUGAGCUGAAACGAUCCAGUAACAACCCUAUCCGGUGCCAGCGACAGACUUGGUAAAUCUGACUCUACUGGGUUCAGUGUCUAAUAUUUAACGAAGCCACAACCCAACGCCUUCCAAACACCACGAUCCGCAGUGCACGAAUCUCGUGGUCUGCCAGCACAAGCAGAACACAGUCUAUCACGUGGUUGACCAGGCGUGCCCCCCACAGUCUCUUGCGGUAGGACUUAACUCAUCUCCAGCUUAUGUUAUGUCAUGUAGAUCCCCCAUCCUCAAAGAAAAAUCGUCAGUGCAAUACUAAGGUUGUGGAACAUGGCGUCCGGAGAGCAUGAUAUUCCCUCUGAAGUUUUGUGUCGAAAUUGUGGCGUCCUGGCUCAAUUGGAUGAUUGAACAAGCAUGUGAGAUGGGCUCGUUUCCGACAACUGAGGCUCGGGCACUCUGUAUUCAAAAAGUGAAUAAAGGUGAAGUAUAUUGGCUGCCGCGGAAUAAGCCUAAUCGGCGUUGCUGCAAACGUCUUCGCCAUCAUCAUUAUCAGGAGAUUUGAAAGAGUGCAGGACUCGAAAACGAGACCCAACCGAACCAGGUUUCUAGUUAGAGGGAAGGCGCGGACCAAACAUCUGCACUGCUCCUGGUUCUUGAAUUUCACCAUGACCACCAGUAACCGACGACUGUCUACUUUUUGACUUGGUCAUGACGUUAAAUUUUGUCCUUGUGGAGGGAAAUGGAACUAGCCGGUACGCCAGCAGAUAUCGUCACCACGAUUGGGCGCGUACUAUCGCUCCUCCUUUGCGUGGAUUCUGAUCCACAGUCCCUCUCAGCCGUUCGAUAAACUUGAAUUUAGUCCCCCUUUCCGUUCAACUACGACACCGAGUGGAUUCUCGAAGGGGUUUGUGCGGUUUUUGAAUGUGUUACAUUUGCACCCGGACGCUGACUGAUCUCGGCCAGGCUGAUAGCAAGCUUUAAUUACCUACAGGCUAGGGUCGCAUGUGAGCGAAGUCGUUAAAUCGGUCAAUCUACGCACAAGGAUAGGGAGACCUAUUUUUCCCAAUUGUAUCACCAACCGGGCAAAUGCAACACUCGGGAUCAAUGGUUGUCAGCUUAAAUUGGUAGAAGGCUUAAAAUACCCUGUGGGCUAGGUGGCUGCCAAAUGGAGGGGGUAAGGACGAUAUUUUCUCUCGUAUUUAUGCUAUUCGCGACGUUUUCACAAUCCUUUAAAAGCAUCUAUGGACCUGACACGAUAUUUUCAUCUACCCAAAGACUCGUUUGUUUUAGGCAUUUGACUAACCAGUUCUAUGCUCUUGUUAGUGCUUGACUGUGCGCUUGGAAGGUGAGCGAAGACUGGAGGCGUUACAUCACCGCUCCCUGAAAAACAUCCUUCGAAUGAGGUACACUGACAUAUUUUCAGUGCGAUGAUUCGCAUUUGCUGCGAAAACAUCACAAGACCGUCCAAGAAAGAUAGCCGAGGCGGUCUGGGUGCGUUCUUCAUCGUGAGGCCUAUGAGCUCAGUCUUGAUACCCUAUAUUCUGAACCGAUAUCCACACGAAGGCGUCAAAAAGGCAUAGUCUGUCAAGACAUGGAGGUGGUUCUUGGACCUUCGGUACGGCGUCCCGGUAGUUGGUAAAGAGAAUAGGUCGAACUCUUCAGAUUUGCAAUCGCUGAUCAGACGUGGAAUUCGCAACAUCGGGAUCGACUAAAUCAGUCAUGAUCGCAGUUGUGCCAAGCAAAAGUACAUACAUGUUAUGUAGUAAGGUUGCUGAGGGUGAAUCUCAGCUUAAACGGCGAGAAACAGGGCAGAAUGCACGGAACAUACAAGUGUUUUCCUGGUAACAGUAACCGUAUUUAAACACGACGAGUGGAUAUGUACUAAUUAGUGCAUCCAACUCUGCCGUAAUGCCGUACUGAGUUUUUGUGUGCGUCGCCUUAGACGUAAAAACCAUUCAGGUGGAAGACUGCGAAGACUUCUGUGGUUAUGUUCAGUGAACUAGAGCCAUGAUGAACUGCUUAACAACAUCACACAGAUUUGUGGACACAACAGCAAGUAGCAGGCCUGCUCGUCUUGCACGAGAUCCGACAUUUCAGACGAUGCCUGCUGUAACCCGGCCACUCCUCGUAGACUCCUUGGGGUGCGCUGCAGUUCGGGCAAUUGAAUUUCAACUGAAAAUGACCCAAAGAAGAUGGUAGUCUGCAUCAGUGCGGGGAACGGUUGGAUACAGGUCGGCAGAAGCUCGGGUUUGGCUGAAUCCUUGAUACUGCAUGAGCCAGUUUGGCAAGCACACCUCAGACACAAUCAACGUUCACUUUGUGCUGCAUCGACGCUUGCGUUGUUAUGCACUGCGUUGUCCUCGAAGCAAGAUACCUCAAGCGCCUGUAUGCCAUGUGGAGUUUUCCCCUCCAAGGGGACACGCUUGCAUGUUUAUCAUACGGGCCACCUGUGGAGGCCCAACCUGCAUGGCAUCCGCAGUAGGACGAUCCUUUUUUAUUUAGACUUGUGCUUGUCGUACCAUAGUAAUGUUUUCAGACUCCACAGCGCUUUAUAGGGUAGUUGGUUCGGCCGACAUCAACCUUUAGCAUUAUAUUGUCACUGUCGCUACUAGCCCUGAGCCGUUCGGCCGACACAGAAACCUUCCGUAUUUUGCAGCUACUUCCAACUACCCGCAGAUGCAAGAGAUAGUCAGCAGCAACGAUAGCAGGCAGACCCUGUCUUUUCGAAGUAUCUUUCUUCCUAUCGAGUUUCGCGGUUUUAGUUUUUGCCAAACGCGUCCAUCAGAAAUUCACCAGACAUUGAGUGACAUCCAUUUUGUUGUCCGGGCUCGCGGCUUUUUAUAUAGUCGACCUUGAGUAGGAGGCACUUAUGCAGCACGUCUAAAUGUGCCCCUGUUUUAAGCGAUUCUUCUGACAGGUAUAGUUUCACAGCUGUAGAACUGCUUUGUUUCGAAUUGCUUUGAUUACUAUUUUCCUGCUAACAAUUAUUAACUUCUACAUCCUAGGCACAAUCCAAACUACAAACUAUCAGUCGAAUUUUAUGAUGGGAAGUCCAAAACGAGAAACAGCGUGGAUGCCACGCGGACGAUUGACAAUUUCUUCGAUAUAAAGGGCAAUCUCUGCAUAGAACCUUUUAAGGAGUUUCUUCUUGAAUUGUCCCGCCAGGCAUCACAAGUCAAAAAGAAUCAGUGA